GAAUUUAUCUGCAUUACAAGGAAAUGUCUCCAGCAUCCAGGUCUAAGUCCAAGGACAAAAAAGCCGGGAAAGAAACAUCAAAGGCUUCUUUAAAAUCAUCGGGAUCUGCUAUUGCAGGUAGUAGUACAGCCAGUGCAUACAAUCCAAUAUCAGGAACAUUUCAUACCUUUGAGUCAGUUCCAGCUAACUCUGGAUCAGUCCUUCAUAGUAAUGGUCGUUUCAGAAACAUAGAUGAAACAGACGAGCAUGUAGGAGGCUCCCUUGUAUCAGGGGUUGAGUAUGACUCUGUUUCUAACAAUGGUAGCUGGUCUGGUGAGUCAGAAGAGCACAAAGAGAAAACAUCUAAUCCUGUCCGACAGGAAACAAUGCCAGGAGCUGACAAUGAGAAGAGAGAAAAAAUCCGCCAGAAAAAUGAGAAGAAGCAUCAACGUCAGAAGGAGAGGCGAGCUCAGGAAUUACAGGAGCGAUGUAGUGGCUAUCUCAUGUCGAGAAAGCUUGAAGCAUUGGCUCAACAGCUUGUGGCAAUGGGAUUUUCUCAUGAACGUUCAACAAUGGCUCUUAUCAUGAAUGAAGGCAAAGUAGAACAGUCUGUUGCAUGGCUGUUUGAAGGGAGUGAAGAAGCAGAAAAGAACAAGGACCUGAAUCCUGGUGGGGGUAAUUUGAAAAUUGACAUAUCUGAAGAACUUGCUCGGAUUGAAGAUAUGGAAAUGAGGUACCAGUAUACAAAGCAGGAAGUUCAAAGAGCUGUUGUUGCUGCAGAGGGAAAUCUAGAAAAAGCAGCAGAAACCUUGAGGGCAAUGAAGGAGGAGACACCAUCAAAGCCUGAAGAGACUGGUGAUCCUCCUACUAGUGAUAGUGGUGUACUUUCAGUUGGUUCUAGUCACAACUUGGAAGUAAGGUCACAAUUAAAAUCCAAUCCACCUCCUACUAUACAACAGCAUAGGGAUGAAAAGGAUUUCAACUACACAAAAGCAGCUGUUACAGUUGGAGUAUCUUCCCAAUCCAAUGGUAAAAAUGUUCCAGCCCUGAAGAGAAUUGAACCAAAACUUGAGCGGGCAAAACUUCAAAAUACUGUAGUGCCUACUGAGAAAAGAUGGACAACUGCAGGAUCUAAUUCUUCCAAUUCCUAUUCCUUGGCAUCACCUUUGCAAGCAUCACCUCCACCAGCCAAGGCAGAAACUCAGUAUAUACCCAUUGGAACUGAAAUCAAGAUCCCAUCAACUAUUAGGGAACCAGUUAUGAUGAUGCAGCGACCCCAAUCUUUGACUGCAAAGCAUGUUCCUGCUACAAGCGUGAGUUCAUCUGCUGCAAAAACCACUGCAGCUUGGUAUCCUACAAAUAGUGUUGAAAUUAUGAAAUCCAAUGGGUUUAUGAGCCACAUCCCUAGUUCAACUCAUAGUACAAGCACUAUUAGCUCCAAUCAGAUGUAUCACCAGCUUCACUAUCCAGAACAGCAAUACUUCAUACCUAACAGCAGUUCAGAGGAGUCUCUUGGAAAUAUUUAUGGAAAUACUUCGUGGAGUAGGUCAGGUUCUGCACCCAUAAUUUCUGCUGCAUCGUCCCUAGGGCUUUUCUCAGGGUUGGGAUCAACUGGUUCAUCUGGGUCCUCUCCAAUUGACUGGAGCACUACUGGCUCGUUGGCACAAUUUGAUUAUACAAAUAUCGACUGGAGUUUGAAUCGAGGCAUACCCUCACCAAGACCUGGUGGAUUGUGGCCAGGGAUAACAUCAUCGGUUAAGAACUCACAUAUAUAUGAUUCAAAUACUAAUCCUGUGAGUGCUAAGCCUACAAUGAGAUUGACUCCAGCCAACGGGAAUGCCCUUAUUCCGGGAUCGAAGGAUGGCAUAGGGUCUAAUGGUGAUUCAUCAGCUGCCAGUUCUAGGGAGUGGACUUCACCAUUUGAAGAGAAAGAUCUUUUUAGCUUACCUAGACAGUUUGUUUCUUCUCCUUCUCUGUAGAGUGGGAGAAAAAAUUUAAUGAAUAAAUUGAAGUUAAAAAAAAAAAAAACAAAAAAGUGUUUGGAUUUGAUUUUGAUUGCUGGUUCUUCCUAUGAUGCUGUUGUGUUGAUUGUUGGUAAAUAUAUUCAGUGAAAAAGCAUCCAGAAGUCCUUGAUUAAUUUAUCAUCA